AUGUCCCAAUUCUCCACCGCACCCACCACUCCGGCCGAACCUUCGUCUGCGACUCCUCUUUUCCAGGACCUCGCCGACCAAGGCGUCCUCAAGCCCAAUCUUCUCCAAGCUAUUCACAACAACUUGAAGUACAAGACUAUGACAGAGGUCCAAGCCGCCACCAUGGGAUCCAUUCUCGAGGGCAAAGACUGUCUCGCUCAGGCUAAGACUGGAACCGGAAAGACACUUGCGUUCCUCAUCCCCGCAAUCCAGACUUUGAUGGGACGUCCGCCCACCAAGAAAUCCAUUCGCGCCAUUAUCGUCUCUCCUACCCGCGAACUGGCCAAACAGAUCACGGAUGAGGCACGACUCCUGAUGACCGGAUUCAACUUUAGAAGUCACACAUCAAUCGGCGGAUUGAGCACUAGCAAAGACCAGAAGGCAGUCCUUACCUGCCCCGACCUCCUCAUUGCCACCCCUGGCCGUCUCCACGACCACCUCUCAAACCCAUCUCUCAAAGCCUGCUUCACCGAAGUCCAAUUCUUUGUCCUCGACGAAGCUGAUCAACUCCUCGACCAAGGUUUCUCAGUCGCGCUGAACAAAAUUAUGGCUCUCCUCCCCCCAACCCCCAAGCGCCAAACCCUCCUCUUCUCCGCCACGGUUCCCAACACGAUCAAGCAGCUCGCCGGUAAGCUGUUGAGACCCGGCUACGCGCUCAUCAACACCAUCAAUGAAACCGACGUAGGCACCCACGAGCGGAUCCCGCAAUUCCUUAUCCACGUCCCCUCUGUCAACACCGUCUUACCCUCCCUCCUCGCCCUCAUCCGCGCCGAACAAGCCUCGACCGACAAAUUCAAGGCGGUCAUCUUCCUCCCCACCGCCUACCAAACAAAACUGUUCGCAGAACACUUCACCCACAUCGGAAGCACCCUCACUCCGUUCCUCCCAACCUACGAAAUCCACUCCCGCCUCUCCCAAUCCAAACGCGAAAAAACCGCCGACGAAUUCCGCGCCGCGAAGACCGGAGUGUUGUUCUCCUCCGACGUCUCAGCCCGCGGUAUGGAUUUCCCGGACGUCACGCAUGUAAUCCAGGUCGGACAACCCUCAAACCGCGAACAAUACAUCCACCGUCUCGGACGAACCGGACGUGCAGGUAAGAGCGGAAAAGGAUUCCUCAUCCUUGCACCCUACGAAGCCGCCUACCUCACCCAGAUCAAAGACCUCCCUCUCGCCCCACACACCCUCGCCCCCACCUCCACCGACUUCGAGGUCUCUAACUCUGCUAUGUCCCGCGUCCCGGAGCAAACGAAAAACAGGGCAUACUCUGCCUGGCUCGGAUUCUAUAAGCAGCAGAAGGGAGCACUCAAACCUCAGGCGCUGGUGCAGAUGGCGAAUGAGAUGGCGUGUGGAAAGGGUGGGUUUGGGUUGAAGUUGCCGCCGUUGAUGUGGACGCAGACGGUUGGGAAGAUGGGGUUGAAGGGGGUUGAAGGUUUGAGGCUUACGAAGGUGAAGCCUGGUUCUGAUUAG